AUGUGUUGCAGUAGCCGGCUAUGGCGCCGACGUAUCUGUGUCCAUGAGGCGGGAAGGGAAACCUUUUCUUACUUCUUAAAAAUCCCGAGGCACCAACGUUUAGUGAGCAUGGCGGGAGUAUUCGACAUAGAUUUGGACCAGCCCGAGGAAAAUGUCUCCGACGAGGAACUGGAGGAGACGCAGAUCACAGACUUCAUGGAUCAGUGCAGUGGAUUUGAGUUCAACAUGGAUGACUGUGAGAAGAUUGAGAUUUCUGAGGACAGUGUGAACCAGGGAGCGGAGAACAUCCGGCCGGAGUGUUUCGAGCUGCUCAGAGUCCUGGGCAAAGGCGGAUACGGCAAGGUCUUCCAGGUGCGUAAAGUAUCAGGAGCUGCCACAGGAAAGAUCUUCGCCAUGAAGGUCCUUAAGAAGGCCAUGAUUGUGCGUAACGCUAAAGACACGGCGCACACGAAAGCAGAGAGGAACAUCCUGGAGGAAGUGAAACACCCUUUCAUAGUGGACCUCAUCUACGCCUUCCAGACCGGCGGGAAACUCUACCUGAUACUGGAGUACCUCAGCGGAGGAGAGUUGUUCAUGCAGCUGGAGAGGGAAGGAAUCUUUAUGGAGGACACAGCCUGUUUUUACCUGGCGGAGAUCUCCAUGGCUCUGGGGCACCUACACCAGAAGGGCAUAAUCUACCGAGACCUGAAACCAGAGAACAUCAUGCUCAGCAACCAAGGCCAUGUGAAGCUGACGGAUUUCGGCCUCUGCAAGGAGUCCAUCCACGAUGGAGCAGUCACACACACCUUCUGCGGAACCAUAGAGUACAUGGCUCCAGAGAUCCUGAUGAGGAGUGGCCACAACAGAGCAGUGGACUGGUGGAGUCUGGGAGCGCUCAUGUACGACAUGCUGACUGGGGCGCCUCCCUUCACAGGCGAGAACCGUAAGAAGACGAUUGAUAAGAUCCUCAAGUGCAAACUCAACCUGCCGCCAUACCUCACCCAGGAGGCCAGGGAUCUACUUAAAAAGCUGCUGAAGAGAAGUGCCUCAUCUCGCCUGGGAGCCUCAGUUAGCGACGCCACUGAAGUACAGGCCCACCCCUUCUUCAGACACAUCAACUGGGAGGAUCUUCUGGCCAAGAAGGUGGAACCCCCAUUCAAACCCUUCCUGCAAUCUGCGGAGGAUGUGAGUCAGUUUGACUCCAAGUUCACGAGUCAGACACCAGUGGACAGUCCUGACGACUCCACACUGUCAGAGAGCGCCAAUCAAGUCUUUGUGGGCUUCACCUAUGUGGCCCCGUCUGUGUUGGGGAGCAUUAAGGAGAAAUUCAACUUUGAGCCCAAGAUCCGAUCACCACGACGCUUCCUAGGCAGCCCACGGACACCCAUGAGCCCGGUGAAGUUUGGAUUGGGCGACGGCUGGCACACCGGCCCCUCUAUGCCCCUCCCCCACAGCUCAUCCUUGAUCCCGCCGCCCCACCGCCAUGGCCCCACCCUAUUGGACGACACGGAGACAGGGGCAGAGCCGGAGCAGAUGGACGUGAGCGCUGGAGGAGAGGGCUCCGCCCCCCUCCCCAUCCGCCCGCCCACCGGAGCUCCCAUUGGACAGAUCAAACAGCAGGCCUUCCCCCUAAUGGCCAAGAGGCCAGAGCACCUGAGAAUGAACCUAUGACAGGCCAGCCCUGACAGAAACGCUGGACUCUGAUUGGAUGCCAGGAUAUCGGGGGCAGUACCCUCUUGUUGGGUGUCUCCUCUUGUGAACGAGUUUGUAUGUGUGUGGAGCUUGUAUGAUUGUGUGUGUUUGGCUUUUUCUCUGGGUGUCUGUAAGUGUUGAGUGAGUGUUUCAGCAGAUAUGAGGUGUGUGUGUGUGUGUGUGUGUGUGUGUGUGUGUGUGUGUGUGUGUGUGUGUGUGUGUGUGUGUGUGUGUGUGUGUCCUCAGGUCCUUCUCUGCUGCUCUAAGUGGCAGGUGUUUCAGUGCUCCGGUGCUCUGGGGAUGGGGGUGGAUCUAGUCUGCUUCGGACUGGACUGCUUUAGUCUGGUUUGGGUAUUUGUGCUGGAUUAAUUAGGUCUGGUCUGAGUAAACCAUAGAUAUGAACACUAGAUGCUAGAUGUGUUCAGUCUUGUGGCGUGGCGUGGCGUGGCCCAACCCUGGGUGCCGCCAUCUUAGCACAGUAUACUGAUAUUUCCCAUAGAUGUUGCCUGCCUCCAACUAACAGGAUAAUGUGCGUAUUGCUUUGUCACCGAUUGAUGGCAGCAGUAUACCAGUUAAACAUGGUGGCGAUCUGACCUCACCCAUUCGUUCCAAUGCAACGGAGUGGUCAACGUGAUAUCUAGUGUGCAUUCCAAUAUGCAGACUCUCGUCCUCCACUUGUGCUUGUGGCCUCACGUUUCGCUGACAGCCUCCGCCUCCGCGGAGAAAACAAUUCCCUGAAGUUUCCCUGCUGUCAGCCUAACCACAACAACUUCUGGAGGACUGUUCACCAUCCGAUUGCAAAUGAGAAAGAAUUGGAAUUAGAAUUGCGCUUUUGUAAGAUAUUUAAUUCAUUUUCUGUCGUCAGUAACAUCACCACGAGGUCACAAGCAGGCAAGUGAGCAAAGGGAGGACGGGAGUCCGCAUAUUGGAAUCUACCCUUAGUGUUCAUAUCUAUGGUUUUAUAACAGCAUCCAUUGGUAUGCUGGAGGCCUCCUUAGCUCUACAGACUAUACUACUCACGCAGGAGCAGGAAUCACACAAAAAAAUAAAACAAAAGACUUUAUUAUUAUGCUUUGCACUGUUUUCUACGUGCAUACUGACUAUGAUGAUGAUGAUGAUGAUGAUGAUGAUGAUAUUUGGUGCUCUGUGCGGAUCACAUGCUGUCCCUGACGAUAUACUCCCGGGGUGCAUGUUGGUCUCAGUCUAAGCUCUUCCAGGGGAUGGGGGGUGUCUAUUAAUUGCUCACGUUGCCCUCUUCUCUUCUCUUCCCAUGAUCCUCGAUUUUUUUUUUUGUGGGGUGGGGGGUGUCCAGCGCUCACAUGCUGGUCUUGACUCUUCUGGGGAGGAUAUUGCUGAUGUGUCUGAACAUGUUAGCAGAGAGGAGUAUAUGGAUAUGACGAAAAAGUUCACUCACGACUUUUCCGGGUGGUAUUGUACUCUAGGGGCGCCAACGGCGGAGCGCAGACUUCAUUCGGAAUGAAUGGGCUGUGCUCGCUCGACAGCGCCCCUAGGUCAACUGCACGCAUGGGUCGAAUAGCGAGUGGGUCGGCUGUUUGUAGAACGGUGUUGCUCUCUGCGAUGAGAGGCCCUAUGCUUCCUAUUGGCUCUGCUCAAUGUCAAUCAACGGCUCUGACUGAUGUCCAUGAUUGGGAAUUAUGAACCCUAUUGGCUCGGCCUGGUGUCCAUCAUUGUGACGUGUGAAGAGACGCGUGAAGGCGUAUGAGAGACUUAAGUUGCGCUGAGUGGAGGUUCCUUGUUUGGUUAAAGGUCUUAACUCUUCGAGCGAGCGGAUUCUUACCACACAGCUCGAGGGACUGAUGGAUUUACACACAAGAACCUCAAUAAAACAAAUACAUUUACUUUUU